AUUUUCACUCAGCCGAAACAUAUCUAUCGUGGUAUGACUAUCAGUCGUGCUCAGCAGAAAAUUACUGUAAUUUGUUAGACGUUUAGCUAUCGUUAUUAAAACGUUACGUUGAUUGUCGUUCAAAUACAAUUAUCACACGUCUCCGUAAAAGCAUUUCAACGUUCUUUUUCUCGUUAAUCCUGAUAUAACAAAUGGCGUGCUACUUGCAAUUACAAAUUUUGGUACUAUUUUUUGCCUUAAUAAAUGGAGUUAUUAGCGAUGGUAUAUGCAGCGAUAACAUAAAGGGGCCGCAAAUAGUCCCGGAUCCUGACGACUGCGCUUCGUUUUAUAUUUGUCACGGUGGACUUCAGUUUCGUUUCUCAUGUGCCUCUAAAGUCGGCCCAAAGAAGGUUUUCGAUCCAAAAUCUCGGACAUGCGUUCUACAGGGAUCAUCGUAUGACCACAGUAGUUGCAACAAUAACUUCCGGAAAUCAUCUCAAAGAUGUCUCCCCGGCUUGACGACAAGCUUCCCUCACGAAGACAACUGUGCGAUGUAUUACCGAUGUACGGGGAUGUAUAAACCUGUUAAAGCCGAGUGUCCAUAUCCUCGACUCUAUAGCAUCGAAAGUGGCACUUGUGAACUUUACCUGUACGUCAAAUGUGGAGCUAGGAGGGAGCCAAAAGAUCCAUGUGACUAUGAAGCGAACCAGUGUGAAGAUAGUGGUUGUAUCCCGUGCAGACAGAGAUAUGGGACAUGUAUAGGCCAUCCUGACGGUCCAAACCAAUGGGAAGACAAACCGUGGACUCCUCAUUUUGUAAUCUGCAAGGAUCAGCGAGUAAUUCUGCAAGGAGACUGUAGAAAAAGCGGAAAAGUAAACAUUUUUAACCCAGUCACUCGAACAUGUAUGCCAAUGUCCAGUCUUAUGAAGAUGGCAACGUCGGCAAAACUUUUGUAGCCAGCUUACAGUUUGAUCGAGUUGAUUGGAAAAUUCAAGAACAAGGGCACAUAUGACUUGUUGAAUGUAUGUAAACGAAUUUGAGACUAAUUAAUAAGUGACCUUGAUGCACUUGUAUCAAAUGUGUUAAAGUGACAAAGAACAUAUCGCCGUAAUUUGUUGAAAUCUUACUCUAUUCGUAAUUGUUUUGCAACACGACAAUGUAUAAGACAUUUUUCUCGAACUGACUGUGUUACAUAGAGUUUUAACCUGACGACAUUUGUCGUGUUAACGUUUUGUUUAAAGUUUGAAGAAAUACCUAAUUUUUGGGAAGGAUGCACCAACUGAUAACUCUUUUUAUAUGUUAGUCGUAUAGAGAAAUGAAAGCCGACCGUGGAUGUCAACAAUGACGGCAUUAACAUUAUAUUAUAACUGGACAUAUAAGACUUUUUGUACAAAUGUGUCAAAGGAAGUUCAACGUCUCUUUUAAUUCUACAGCAAUACCAAGCAAUGUCCAUGAUGAAAUAAAACCAGUACUUCUGGGUUCUGUUGUAAAAUAACAGCGAAUACGAUUUGGAGUGUUUAGUUUGUUUAUUUACAUGUAUAUGAAUAAAAUGCAUAAUACUUUUA